GCGGUGCAGCUGCGUCCUUUUUCAUUCAGUCACAGUCAGUCGUGUUUGCAGAGUUUUUAUUAAAUGAACACUGCACUUUAGAGCAAUAAAAUGUCGCAGCAGGUGCAAGAACAAGAACAAGUUCAUCCGCGAAAGAAACGACAAGAAGAAAACGAGGAAAAUGGCGUCGGGGCGAAAAGAAACAAAAGUGAAACUAGCAGGGAGUCAUGCCUGGACCAGCCCAUGGACUCCGGCAGCGUCCAUGAAGUGGUCAAGUACGGUGACUCACAUCUCCCAGACAAAUGCUACGACCCGGACACCACGGAGCCCAUCAUCGGGGGUCUGCACACGCUGGAGGAGCUGCUGUCCUGGAAGAGGAGCGAGGCCCACCCCUUCAACGUGUCCACUGUCCCCCUGUGCCCCCGAGACCCGCCCCUGUCCCGCUCCCCUGCGAGGACUCUGAUCUCCCACGACAUGAUGGGCGGGUACUUGGACGACAGAUUCUUACAGGGCACGGACUCGGCACAGCCUUACUCCUUCUACCACUGGCACCACAUCGACAUCUUCAACUACUUCACCCACAACAUGGUGACCAUCCCCCCGGCCGGUUGGACCAACGCCGGGCACAGGCACGGAGUUCUGGUUCUGGGGACGUUCAUCACAGAGUGGACAGACGGCGCUAAAGUGUGUGAGGACUUCCUGAAGGACGAGGAGUCGUACCGCGCUGUAGCCGACAAACUGGUGCAGAUCUGUCACUGCUACGGCUUCGACGGCUGGCUGAUAAACAUAGAGAAUGAACUGAGCGCGUCUGCGGUGGAGACCAUGCCUCUGUUCCUGCGGUACCUUACGGAGCAGAUCCACGAAAGGGUGUCCGGGGGUUUGGUUCUGUGGUACGACAGCGUGGUGCAGACGGGGAAGCUCCAGUGGCAGAACGAGCUCAACCAGAACAACAGGCAGUUCUUUGAGGUGUGCGACGGCUUCUUCACAAACUACAACUGGAACGAGCAGAACCUGGAGUGGAUGAAGGGCUACAGCGCCGUGCAGGGCAGAGAGGCGGACGUUUACAUCGGGGUGGACGUGUUCGCGAGAGGAGACGUGGUCGGGGGAAUGUACGAAACCAACAAGCCUCUGGAGAUGAUCCGAAAGCACAACUUCUCGGCGGCCGUCUUCGCUCCGGGCUGGGUGUACGAGACUCAGGAGAAGACCGAGUUCAGACACAACCAGGACAAGUUCUGGGCUCUGCUGUCCGACCUCCUGCCCCUCCACAGACCCGUACACUCCCUCCCCUUCACCUCCACCUUCUGCCAGGGCUUUGGAAAGAGCCUCUACUGGAGAGGGAAGAUAGAGAGGGAGAGGCCGUGGUUUGAUCUGAGCGCUCAGCAGAUCCAGCCCGAGUUGUGCAGUUCUAAAGAGGGCCGGGGCUGGCUGAAGUCCAGGGCGUGUCCGGAGCACGUGUGGAGCGGGGGCUCGUCUCUGCUGCUGGAGGGACUCAUCCCCGCGGAGCACACGGGGGCUGUGGCUGCGAGAGUCCUGUCUCUCCACGUGCCCUUGGCCUCGUCCACGCUGCUCUGUGUGGUUUAUAAAGCCUCUCCUGGAGUGUCUGUGUCUCUGGAGAGCACCGUACACCAUCCAGACGAGGACACAGUGACGAGUGUGUCUCCUGUGCGUCUGGAGGAGGGACAUGAUGUUGUCUCGCGGUACACUCGACUGUGUGGCCUGCACAACGAGAAGGACUGGACUGUCAUGUGUGUGUUACUGGAGGCACAGCGCGGCUCUCUCAGGGAUGUGUCUGUGAACAUCAGCAGAGACGCAGAGGAUCAGGACACGGCGUUCUCCCUCAGACUGGGACAGAUCACGCUGUUGGACGCCUCCACUCUGCAGCUCCCCUCUGAGCGCAUCGAGGGCCUGUGCAUCUACGACGUGGUGUGGCUCCACGGCUCCUCCUCCACAAACUCCCACCCUCCCGAGGUGCUCCUGAACGCCACGCUGCGCUGGCACUUCAAACCCGAGCUGGCCUGUCACUACAGGGUGCACUGGAGGAGGCUGAGGGGCCCGGACCCUCGCGUCGCGGGGGGGCCGCUGGUGUUUUUGUCCCGGGCGCAGUCUCACCUCUUCAGGAUCACGGAGCUGGCCGUCCCCGCUCCUCCGGGCCUGCUGGAGGUGCUGGUGGAGCCCGUGCUGAAGAGCGGGUUUGUCCUGCCCGAGAGUCAGUGGGGCAGAGCUCGCCUCAGCUACUCCCAGGACCAAUGAAGGACGGGGUUACAACUGGACAUAGAGUUUUUAUUCAUGUUCUUUUUACUUGUCCAAGUCCUGUAGAAAACAUAUUAUGCGAUUUUAAAUUGUCUAUUAGUCCUAUAUUACACAAAAUGGACUCUCGUGAGCUUUAAGCCGUGUUAUAAUGUUGUUACCUCAUCAAAAACAGACCUGGAGUUGUGUUUUGUUUAUAAAAACGCAACUCCAGGUCAGAAUACAGUUACCGUAUUUUACUAUUAGGCGCUCUGGAUUAUAAGGCGCACUGUCAUUAAAUGGUCUAUUUCUGAACUUUUUACACAAAUAAACCGCGUAGGACUUUAAAGGAAACACAACAGUUGGAUGGGUGAGUGGUUUUGUUUGUUUGGCGUGUAGGGAGGGUGCUGUCUGGGACCACUGGAUUGUCGGCGUGUUCACAGUGACUCAGUUGUUCAGUCGCACAUUGCGCUCGCUUUUUCGGUUCGUUCCUCCGUUCCGUUCCUCGUCGGCGUGGAGUGAUGAGUGUGUCUGUGGGUGUUUGUCGCUGUGCGGUCGCUGUCUGCUCCGUGUGUGUUUGCGGCUUUGUGGUUUACUGAAGUCGUGCUGGGACACCUGAGUGGAUUCGUGUACAGGGCGCUCUGGAUUGUGGGCGCACAGUUGUUUUUUGAUGGGGUUAGAGGCUUAAGAGCGCGUCUAAUAGCCCGGAAAAUACGGUACAUUUCUAAAAUCAGAGGAAUACAUAGUAGUACUUGUAAUUUAGACUUCAAACUGCACGGAAUUCGUAAGAUAAAUAGAAAACACUUUUGCAUGACAUGUGAUCUUUCCUUCUCUAAUCACUGGAAAAUAACAGCAAAUGUGCAACUAACAUUAUAACUAACAACACACUUAACAUAAACCCAUUUAGAUCCUAUACUGCGUUUUUCACAGUGUUGGGGAGUAACAGAUUACAUGUACCAGAGUUACGUAAUCAGAGUACAAAUUAUGAGUAACUGUAUUCAGUUACAGUUACUGUUUCAGUGAGUGGUAAUUGGAUUACAGUUACUUUGUUGAAAUAAGUGGAUUACACUGCGGUAUUUUCCUGUUUUCACAUUUUGGGCUAUUCAAUCAAUCAAUCAAUCAAACUUUAUUUAUAAAGCGCUUUUCAUACAAAAACGUAACACAAAGUGCUUUACAGUGAUUAAAAACAAUCCCGCAUUUCCAUCCACCCACCCACUUAUCCAACCCCACACCUGCCCAACUCCACACAACCAAACAACCCAGACACGCACACACACUCGCACACACACACACACACACACACACACACACACACACACACACACACACACACACACACACACACACACACACACACACACACACACACACACACACACACACACACACACACACACACACACACACACAUGCCCUAAGAUAGUAAAAUACAUAAAAUCCCCUAUAGUAAAAUGUGAGGCUGAAUACAGGCGAACCAGUUGAGAAAAGCACCAUCAGAGGAGCCGUCUGCACCAGGAGCAGAGAGACGUCCACCACCACCAGGAACCACCACCGGAGCCAGGGGAGAGAUGAAGCCCAAGCACCAACUCUCCACCAGGAGCCCACAGGACAGACCCGACAGCUACAGCCGACCUCUGCUCCUGAUGCAGAGGAAACACUGGAAAUCCUAAAAAAUACACCUAAAAUAAAUAAAUAUACUAAAAUGUGUACAAUAGAAACAGGUAAAAGUAUAAGAAUUUAAUCAAAAGCUAAGCUAAAAAGGUGGGUCUUGAGCCUGCUCUUAAAAACAUGAACGUUCUCUUUGGCCCUGAGCUCCUCCGGCUGCAGUUCCAUAGACGGGGGCCAUAAUACUGAAAAGACGCCUCCUCUCCGUGAGUGUGUGUCCUGACUUUGGGAAUGACCAGGAGCCUGCUGCCGGAGGAGCGCAGGGUCCGCGAGGGUUCGUAAGGUAAAAGCAGUUCUGAAAGAUAAGAAGGCCCAAGACCAUUAAGACAUUUAAAGACCAGUAAAAGAACUUUAAAAUCGAUCCUGAAACUCACAGGGAGCCAAUGCAGUGAUUUUAAAACCGGUGUAAUGUGGUCCCGCCCUCUGGUCCUCGUCAGGACACGUGCUGCUGAAUUUUGUAGUAACUUGUAAACCUGAAAUACUCUUUUUGGGAAGACCAGAGAGCAGGGCAUUACAGUCGUCUAUUCGACUGGUGAUAAAAGCAUGCAAAACUAUUCCCUCCCCCUUUUUUUUUUCGGUAAUUCCACUCAUUGCCGGACACUAAACCAGGUCUAAACCAAGUCUAAACCUGGUCUAAACCAGAUCUAAAACCAGGACUAAAACCAGGACUAAACCAGGACUAAACCAGGACUAAAACCAGGUCCAAACCAGGUCUAAACUAGGUCUAAACCAGGUCUAAACCAGGUCCAAAACAGGAUUUAACAGGACUAAACCAUG